CAUUAAAUAAGAAAAAACAAUAGAAACCCAGUUGAAAUCAUAAAAUAAUUAGUUGAAAAUGCCAUCACCCCUGGUGAUCUCGCUAAUCGCAGUGCUGUAUCUCUGCCUCAGUCCAAGCAUAAUUGCCCAAGACUCUGAGCUGGCGGAACGUAACCACAAGAAACGUCAAAUCUAUCGGGAGCAAGUCUUGCCCCAUGCGGGCGGCAAGAUCCCGGACACAGCCUUCGAAACGGAUCGUUUGUUUCUCAAUCGCCUCCAAAAGGAGGGCAUCGCAGUGCCCGAUGGCAUAGUGCCCGAGCAGAGGAGUCCACAGGUUUAUCAAUACUACAGCAAACCCAUGCGCACCGUCUUCCACAUUGCCCUCAGCUCUGAUGGCAGGUUCACGCCGCGAGAGGGGCGCUACCACUACCGCCAGGUGCCAACGGUGGAGACGACCUACCUGUAUCCGCAGGCGGUGGGGCGCCAGCACGUGUUGGUGCCGCCAAAGCACGCCCUGCCCGUCUACCGACAGCUCCAGUUGCACAAUCCCCUGCUUAACCAGGUCAAGUUGCAGCCCAAGAAGAUGCCAAACUUUCUGGACCUGGCACCGACGGUGGGCAAGAGUCAGACAAACCCACUGGCCGGAUCGGCCAAGGCGCAGUCGUAUCAGAAUGUGAAUCUCCUGCAUGGUCACAGUCCGGUGCUGCCGGCUUUCAAGAAGACCUCCCGGGGCAGCAAGACCUAUGUGGACAGCUAUGGCACAACCCAUCUCUUCAGCGAGUUUGACGAUCUGCUGAACAAACUAAACCUGCCGCAAAUGGCCCGCAAGAAUUAUUAG